GUUUCGCGUGCUCGCGUUCGUGAUCGCGUUCGUGCUCUUUCUCGCGCUGCUGGCAUCGGUCGAAGCAGAAGAGGACAUCGUUCGAAGGUGACCGAGUGAGCAGAGCCUGACCAUCAAAGCGAUUUCUCUCGGGUCCGGAGCGUUUGACUUCCAAGGCGUUUGAAGCGCUCCCAUGGCUGAUAAUGGCGAUCACGGGGGCCCAAACAAGACCGAGGACAAGGAAAGCCCGCUACGCUUCCUCGCUCCCGCAAUGAAGCCGGAGAAGCAGGGGAAAGCCGCGCUGCCCAACUUGGCGGAGGGGACGCCUGCCUUGGAGCCUCCACGCCAGUCCUCGGACAUUCCGACGAUCGAGAACUCGGCGCCGGCCCCGCUGCCUCCGACCGAAGGCGACCGCCCCUCGAUGAACGCGGGCCAGGAUAAGCCCGCCCUGCGUCAACUGCUUCCCGUACAGAAACGCGACGACAAAUCGUUGGCCGCUUCGGCGACUCCCAAGGACACUGCUCCUGCGGCAGCUGCCCCUCCUGCGCCCGACGAGAAGGCCACAACGAAAAAGAAGGAGGAGGGCUCUCCACGGCCGUCGAAAAGCGAGAAGGGCGCACAAGGCUCCGUAAAGGGCGACAAGGGAAUGCAGGGGUCAACUAAAAGCUCGAGCGUCAAGGAGAAUCAGGCCAUGGCCAAGCAGGAUAAGGACUGGAUGGAGGAAACUUUCGGCGGUGUGUCGUUCCCUGACCCCGAGCCGGAGCCGCAGGCGGCACCACCACCAGGCCUCACGCCCGAUGAGUGGAACCUGCUCGCCAUCGUACUAGCGGUUUUUGUGCUGCUGGUUCUCGUGCUGCUGGUAAUCGUGAUGGUCCUCGAAGGCUCCUGGGCACGGACGGGGGCCUGCCACUCUGAACACUGCAAGCACGUCGCCAAGCUGCUACUAGAUAGCGUCUCGCCAGACGUGAAUCCCUGCGACAACUUCUACCAGCGCGUCUGCGGAAGGUGGAAGUACGCGGGGAGCCAAGGCGACGUGUUGUUCGACAAACUUAUCGGGGACGUCACCGAUCUCGUCCGGACGAUGGACGUGCCUCCCACAGGACAGUCGCCGGCACAGAAGGCCGCGCUGGCCUACCGGACGUGCGAAGACAUCGUCGCCAAGAACAACACCAACCUCACCACCCUCGUACAGAUCCUCGAGGAGGCCGGACUGUACGCGCCACCCGGUUGGAAGGGGCCCGUCGACGCUCUGAACGCGACGUUCUUCCUGCAUUUCAAGUGGCGCAUUGCCGCUCCAUUAAAGUUCACGUAUGUCCGCCCCGCGCACCGAGGGAUCACAUUGCGGAUGGCACCCAGCGAGUCACUGAAGGCGUACGCCCGCAGGAGGCUGGAACCUGGCUUUUACGACGCGCUCAGAAACGAUUACGAGGUGUUUCACACGACGUUCGAGCCCAACAAGCUUCCCAACGUGACGUACGACGACUGGAAGAAGAUGGACGAGAACGUCGUUACGGAUUCGAUGAGCAUUUUGAACACACUGGACUCUACGAACGACUUCGCCGGUUGGAACGAGAAUAGCAUUCAGGACGCGAUUCGAGGCGUCUCACAGCGACAGUGGACGAGCAUUCUCGACAUGUACUUCAACCGCAGUAACUCCCUCAGGUUUUACGUAGACUCUGUCUUCCUGUUUAAGAAAUUCAUGCAACUUCCUAAUCAAUUUGGCGCUAUGGAAGCGCAAGGCUAUUUUAGGUGGUACAUGGUAGAAAUCCUGACGAGGAGAGUGUAUGCGCCCUGGAUAAUCAGGGAGUUCCCAACGUACCAGGACGCGAUGAAAUACCAGCACCGCUUCUGCUACGCCAUAUUAAAGCAAACGGCCAGCUACGCGUUUUUAGCGCCGUACGUCUCGAAGGUGUUCACCGCAGAUGUGAAGCACGACAUAAGACAGCUAUUGCAAACGGUGCGCGAAUCUUACAACCACUUGUUCGCCAAGGGCGACCAGCUACGCUCCAACGUCAAGAGGCUGCGCAGCUACGCUAACGAUACGGGACACGUUUUCGACCUCCUGUCACUCUCGCAGGAAAGGUCACUCGAAGAGAACUACGCCACAUACGAGGACAUGACAUCGGAUCCGCUGCUGAACUGGAAGCGACUCAUGGUCGGCCGGAGCACCUCCCUCUGGAAUCACGUGUCAAUGGAAACGGCCGGCGUUCUUCCAUCGGACCUGCUAUAUUACCGAAUCGAUGGCGUGUCCAACGACAUCAUCCUUCGGCCAGACGUGGCCGUCUUGCCGGCAUACGACAGCCGCGCGCCCCUGCUGCUCAAGCUCGCGAGCCUGGGUUCACUCAUGGCGUCUGCCAUGGCCAAGGUUCUGUGCGUGACGCUGGAAAACACGGCGCGGUGGCGCAAAGCCGCUGACUGCAUUUUCAGCCUGCGGGAGCCCAGUAAUGACACGGAGUCAGGCGGCAAGAUGGUCAUUCUUCAGCGCGUCAUUGCCCUAGCGGUCACCGUCUCUGCGGCCAUGACAGCGACCAAAGGCGACAAGCCAUUGACCAUCCCUGGCGUGCCCGACCUUUCUGGCAUGCAGCUCCUCUACGUUGUUUGGUGCUAUCAACAGUGCGGUGAGAGAGAAGGCGGGCGUUUAUGCAACGAACCUCUCAAGGAAAUCGGUGUGUUUGCGGAUGCUUUUCGGUGCGGCGCUAACGCAACGAUGAAAAGAGCGAAUACGUGCACUGCGAAAUGGUUUAACACGCAAUUGCAAUCUACCACUAUGCCAGAAGACAGCGCGCAGUCGGAAAACGUCACGCAGUUGGGCAAUACAACGCAGGCACGAAAUACUUUGCCGUAGCGAUAUACGUUAUUUUUAUAGUAAAGUGGUGUCGAUUGUGUU